CUCGCCCGUCACAUGCAUGCCUCGGCGUCUAUGGGCACUCCCAUGCUGGCUGCUUCUGCUGCGACUGCAGCCAACAUUUGUGCCGCAGCAACUGAGGCCUCGACUAUUGCGGCCUUGCCGCGCCGAGGCGCGGCAGCACAAGCUGGGCGACAUUGUGGAGGUCCGCUGCGAAGAUGACGGGAGGUGGUACCCUGCGGUGGUGGAAUACCAGAAUCCGGAUGGUAGCUUCAUGGUACGCUUUGACCGGGAGGGGUAUGAGUACCACUACCCUCUCACUGCCUGGCGACUCCGGAAGAUCCGGCACUACAUUGCAGACCUGGAGGAGGGCAAGGAGUUGCAGGGCAGGGUGACAGACACGUGCUCUAAUGGAUUCUUUGUCGAUGUGGGCGCAGAAGACGAGGGCUUUGUGCCAACUGAGAAGGAGGGGCCUGAGGGGAUCCUGGACGAGGUUGAAGUUGGGCAAUAUGUCACUGUUCGGGUGCUUUCCACCGCCGACAACCUCACCCUUUCCAUGAAUCCCAUCCGAUCUAGCGGGCUUGGAGGCAUCGAAGCCUUCAAGGGCGUGCCGCCGGACCAGCCGCUGAGCGCCACGAUUGUUCAGACCAAAUCCUUUGGCGCCUUUGCAAAAGUUCAAUCCCCAGAUGGCGGAUCGCCGUACAUAGGGAUGAUCCACAUCACCAACAUGGGCCGCGGAUUUGUCAACUCUGCAGAGGACAUUGUCUCUGUGGGGGAAGAGGUCAAAGUGUUCGUACUCGGCACGGAACGUGAUCGGCUUUCCUUGAGACUGGACAUUGAGAAAGCGCGGGUUCGUCCGAACACCUGGCUUGAGGGCCGUGUGACCAAAUUGAUGCCCUACGGUGCUUUCGUAUUGGCUCCGGCCACCGAUGGCCGGAUGGUCACUGGCCUGCUGCAUCGGUUUCAGAUGGCCGAUGACUUCUUCGAUGACGUUCAACAGAAGUUCAAAGUUGGGGAGAACAUCACAGUGCAGCUCUAUGAAGAUAGCCCAGGAGGCCAAGCGGCGUGGACGCAGCUGCCGCAUCUGCUGCCCCCGGAAGAAUUGCAGCCCUUCACCGGCGAAGAGUUCCUGGGAGGACUGGUGCAGGAGGUGCUGGAGGAAGGUGCCUACAUCCUGGUGCAGCCACCCGGCGGCGGUAUCGCUGUGCGCGGCAUCCUCCGCAGAGUUGCAACCCGGAUGAAAAAUUCGUGUUGUGUUACAGUCCGGUGUUGCAUCCAGCAGGAUGCAUCGCUGGAGCCCGGGCAGUCGCCGAAGGAUGUGCUGGCAGUGGGUGACGAAGUGCAGGUCAGAGUGCUGAAAGUUGAGGGCGGCAGGCUGCGACUCUCCAUGCUGCCUGAGCUAGACGGCUUCCGGAACAUCUCAGCAGAUGUUUGGCUGCAGGGCAUCGUGAAGGAAGUCACCAACUACGGUGCCUUUGUAUCGAUCCAAGCGCCUAACAGUACCAAGGGACGUUGUGCCUCUGGUCUCCUGCACAAGAGCAAGCUGAAGGUUGAUGUGGAAGGGCAGCUCGAAGAGCUGGAGGUGGGGCAAGAGAUUAAAGUGCGGAUCCUCCAGAUGGAGGGUAGCCGCAUAAGCCUGUCCCGGAGGCCCCUGCGCCCAGAUCCGGACCGCGAGGACGUGACGUGAAAGGCUGCGUCGAAUUGUCGUUUCUGCAGCCGCUGAAGCUUGCCGACUUGCGAUGAGAAUGCCGCCGGCGCGAAGAAAACAGUCUGCUUUGCCGAUGCUUUCUGCAUGUUUGUGGUUUCCCGUUUCUGGCCCAUUUCAGGCGCUUGAAGCAUCGCACAGGUCUUGGACAUUUUGGGGUCCAUAGUCUUUGGA